AAGAAAUAGUCGAUGGAGCAUUACCAUAAUUCUUUUUCACAUUUUUAACAACCCAACUCAACUCUCUCUACAUAUAUAACACAACCCUCUGUAACCCAUUAGUCUCCAACCAGUUUCUUGAUAAUACAGUUGAAGAAUCAAGAAUUCAAAAGUGAGUAUAAAUAAAUGGCUUGUAAUUUUGCUGUCAGGGUGAUUUAUUAUCCCAAAGAGAUUCAUGGGGUUUCUGUGUUGAACACAAAUAGGAGUAGAAAGAGUAGAUUUAGUUGCAGGGUUAUGAAGCUGUCCACUGGAGUGUCAGCUGUGGCAGCUAAUCCUGUGAGGACAUCAGAGGAGAGAGUGUACGAGGUGGUACUUAAACAAGCGGCUCUGGUCAGGGAAGAGAAGAGAUCCAGCAGGGGUUUAUGUUUGGAUACCAAACGGACAGGAUCUAAGUCAUUUGAUAAGUCUGAGAAUGAUGAUGCUGGUAUGAAGAGCUGGAAUUUGUUGAAUGAGGCCUACGAUCGGUGUGGCGAAGUUUGUGCUGAGUAUGCCAAGACAUUCUACUUGGGAACAUUACUCAUGACACCAGAGCGCCGAAGAGCUGUUUGGGCAAUCUAUGUGUGGUGUAGAAGGACUGACGAGCUAGUAGACGGGCCUAAUGCCUCCCAUAUCACGCCCAAGGCUCUUGACAGAUGGGAGAAGAGGCUGAAUGAUCUUUUUGAUGGCCAGCCGUAUGAUAUGUAUGAUGCUGCACUUGCUGACACGGUCUCCACAUAUCCUGUUGAUAUUCAGCCUUUCAAGGAUAUGAUUGAUGGAAUGAGAAUGGACUUGAAAAAGUCACGGUACCAGACUUUUGAUGAGCUCUACCUCUACUGCUACUAUGUUGCUGGAACAGUUGGACUGAUGAGUGUUCCAGUUAUGGGGAUUGCCCCGGAAUCAAAGGCCACCACAGAGAGUGUUUACAGUGCAGCUUUAGCCCUCGGAAUUGCUAAUCAGCUUACUAACAUUCUCCGUGAUGUUGGAGAAGAUGCUAGGAGAGGGAGAAUAUAUCUGCCUCAAGAGGAGCUUAAGCUCGCGGGAAUAACACCAGAAUACAUAUUCAAAGGAAAGGUGACUGAUAAGUGGCGUAGCUUCAUGAAAGGACAGAUAAAAAGAGCAAGAAUGUUCUUCGAUGAAGCGGAGAAGGGUGUGGCAGAGUUAAGUUCAGCAAGUAGAUGGCCAGUGUGGGCAUCAUUGUUAUUGUACAAGCAAAUUUUGGAUGCCAUUGAAGCCAAUGACUAUGAUAACUUCACCAAGAGAGCAUAUGUAGGCAAAGCUAAGAAACUAGUCUCUUUGCCUUUGGCUUAUAGUAGAGCUCUUUUUGCCCCUUCUACUGUAAGAUAGAUAGAUAGUCAGGGAUUAUGUUACUCUAAUAGCUCAAUAUAGAUCAUGAGUCCUCUCUCUAUUCUUCAUGUACUAGUAUAUAUUUUGCAUCUAAUUCCUGUAUAUAAUUCCAACAAAUUUAUUGGAUCUAUACAAUUAAGAAAUUUUUCUAGG